UGCGGACGCAAGUCCUUGAUUUCUGGAGUAGCGGGCACGCGGGCACUGGAAUAUUAUAGCACAUUAGAUCUGAGGUUCGAUGCAUUCGAUGUUUGAUGUUAAGUUGAUGUGAUGUAGUCGAUGGCCAAGUGCUGAAAGAUAGAGACUACAGUUGAACUAGCCUGUCGGCAGUCUAAGAAAAUUCGACUUUAGAAGUUGCUUCGGGUUCAACUUUUUGAAAACAGAGUUAGUGGAGAAACCGUAGUGGAAGAGUGAUUGCAGGAGCUAUAACAGCACAUACAAAAGCUAAGCUAAAGACUUCAUGUACCCCCUUUUGCUAUCUCAAGCUUGGACUGCUGAUUACAGCAUACUAGGACCUCAGCAGACUAAACAAGAUAUGGAGGUAAACACUAUUAAGGAUGCAUUCGAUAAGGUGACAAAGAAGCAAAAGCUUUCUUAUUCUAAGAGCCAAGAAGUCAUUGAUCAACUCAAUCAAGAAAUUCAAGCUGCAUUGGAGAACUUACAGUCAGGCCACGAAUCCGAUUGUAAAACUGUGCUUGCUGAACUGAGGACCAAGUUGAAAGAAUCAGCUCCACUUACACAACUGGAAGGGACACAAAAGGAACUGAACGUUGCUCUCAGCAAGUAUCCGAAACUUCUAGAGAAAUCCUUCAAUCCUGACAUAUCCAAGGCUUAUAGAAAUGUUGACCCUGAUAUAGACACAACUAAUCAGAUAAUUGCUAGCCACUUUUAUCGGCAGGGUCUUUUCGAGGUCGGUGACUGCUUCACUGUAGGGGCAAUGGAGCAAGAAUCAGUCUCGUUGAUAAAAUCACCUUACAUUCAGAUGUAUCAGAUUCUUGAAUCAAUGAGAAGUCGGAAUCUUGAGCCAGCAUUAUCAUGGGCCACAGAAAACUCUUCUAAGCUCCGCGCGAAUGGGUCGGACCUUGAGCUGAAACUCCAUAGUAUGCAGUUCCUGGAAACACUUCAGAAGGGAAGUCGAGAUGAAGCCCUCCAGUAUGCUAGAACUCACCUCGCCCCUUUUGCCGAAACCCAUUUGGUUGAAAUACAGAAGCUCAUGGGUUGCCUCCUCUUUGCUCGAAAACUGGACCAGUCACCUUACACUGAGCUACUCUCUCUGACCAAUUGGGACAGGCUCGCCAUGGAAGUGACCCGACAGUUCUGCAAUCUCUUGGGGCAGUCCUAUGAGAGCCCACUCAGUGUCACAAUAGCCGCAGGCUUUCAGGCUCUGCCUCCUCUCCUCAAGUUCAUGAACGUGAUGGCAGGGAAGAAACAAGAGUGGCAGACAAUGAAGCAAUUGCCUGUCCCCGUGGAGCUCGAGGACGAGUUUCAGUUCCAUUCAAUAUUCGUCUGCCCUGUCUCAAAGGAGCAGGCGACGGAGGACAACCCUCCCAUGUUGAUGUCCUGUGGGCAUGUCCUCUGCAGGCAGUCCAUCAUGAAGAUGUCGAAGAACCUCUCCAAGUCGUUCAAGUGCCCUUACUGCCCGUCCGAUAUCGACGCCUCGCUAUGUAAGCAGCUGAAUUUCUGAUACGAGCUGUACCACUUUAUGCAUGUUAUGUAGAAGUUAUAACUGUUUCUUUCUUUCUUCCUUCCGUGUAGUCUGUCUCUGGGUUACGUGAUGUGAAUGGUUGGUGGCAAAGAAUGUGUUGUUGUUUCACUCCCUGUCUCUCUUUUGCCAUUUGUAUAUAGGACACAUUCUUUGGUACUCAUAUCUGGAAUGAGAAGCCAUGUUGGUGUAGAAGAUUGCUAGUUAGGACUUUCUUUCUUUUUCCUGUCUUGGCCACCGAAAAGAUUCGGGCUCAGAAUUGCUGCAGGAAAUAACAGUUCUUACAAAGUCCCAA